AAUUCUCGUACUCCUCCGGAACCAGACAAACAGCGAUGUAGUAAACAUAACCUACAAGCGAACGUUAAGCAGUGUUUGCUACACAGACACCAUGCAAAACUCAUCUCUUUCUCUCUCUCUCUCUCUCUCUCUCUCUCUCUCUCUCUCUCUCUCUCUCUCUCUCUCCAUUGCCCUCCAAUUCUUCCCUUCACGCAUCACCAAGCGGAUUGACUAAAUAUUUGAUCUCGAGAUUAGGGUGGGACUGGCGCGAAACAAUACACGGCUGGAUCGCGACUCCCCUGUUCGGUAUGCUGUUGCGCACCGGUAGUUCUCUCCGUUGCAAAAAUCUACAUCGCAAUAGACAAGGUAGUGGCGGUGCUACAAAAAAAAAGCUGGGAAUGCCGUUGCAAAGAUUUACGAGCUUCCACUUGCCAGGGCGGACAUUCGAACUUCCCUUUAGAUUUAGCAAUUUCCGAGACUCCCGACUUUCGGUACGUGCCCGACUCGCGGUGCCACGGGUUGGAAAGAUUAUCUUAACGCGCGAGGAAAGUGAAUAAGAUGUGAUGGGAGAAAAAAGAAGCUAAUUUUAAUACAAAAAAAAUCCCACACACUUGGCGCCUGCGAUGAUGCUGGAUUGUUUAAACAACGCUCUCAUUAUCAGUGGCGGUGGCGUUUGGCACUUGGCGUUGAAAUGAGGCUACGAGGUUUUGGAAAACAUUCUGCCUCGUACACCUGAUUGAAUGAUAAGCACAAUAUUCGUGCUCUAGAAUACAGCAUUCUAUCAACUGUUGAUUGUUUCGGGGUUUUUUUUUCUUUAAAUUUAGAACAAGCAUCAAUUUCUUUAAUCAUUUCUUCGCUUUUAACUUCUGCUGAAGACUUUCAAAUAUUCCACCCCAGGAGCUUUCCGGGCAAAUGAACUUACCAAUGCCACUGCUCAUCCACGCAAUUUUUGAAAAGAAUAUAUUUUCCAAGCUUGUGAAAAUGCGUAGACGUACGUAUAAAAGAUGCCACAAACCGCCUAACCAUCGCUUUCGGACGAAUCUCAGACACAACAACACCUACGGGUUAACCUUUUUCUUUUCGCCGUUGAUGAGAAGCGCUAACUCUGGAGCCACGGUUGAAUCAUCCACGACUUGUUUUGGGCCAGUUCUUACGGAUCGGGUGCGUUGGAAGCAGAACCAUUCCGGUCCUAUUGAGACGCGUUUCAUCAUUAGAAUGUGUACGUUUUUUUUGCAUAUUCUUCCAUUCGCGAUCGGUAAGAUGGCGAUGAGUAAUGUUGUUCGUGUUGAUUGUUCAAGAUCUUUUGUUGGAUUUUAAAACACAUUUUUGAUUAAUUUGAAAUAAAUAAAAAAACCUCAAACAUGUUACCUGUCAGUUGAUGGUCAUUCGUCAUAUGCGCAGAUCGAGUCAGAAUAAGUCGCGAUUGAGCUCACCGACAACGUCAUCAAUUAGCAAAUUUCACAGUCCAUCACCAACAACCAGUUUGGUGUCAACCUAUUAAAAUACCAUUCUGAAGCAUUGGAUCACAGAAUGGUUCGUUCGUGCCGUGGUUUCGCAUCACUGCCCAUUGGUUGGUUUCCGAAUCGAAAAGCUUUGCGUCAAAGGGUGUUUUAAAAUUCAAAAUAUUUCAAUCGUUUCUUAGUAUGUGACGCACUAUGUGGCAAUCGUUACUCCUGUAUGGAUUAAAUCAUUUGCGUAGGUAAAGCAAAACAAUAUGGGUUGAUUUUUUUUGGAAAAACGUUUUUAGAUUUAUCCAUGAAUAGUUAUUACUUUUAUAUCAAACUCAAAAGUCUUAGUUUUCGUGAGGUUUGGUACGUGCAAUGGUUUCAUCGUACGCAACAGUCGUACUGAGCGUUGCAUCCGAACCGGUUGUCAUCUCUAAUGGUCGCUAAUGGCCUACCCUGGCGUUUCCUUAUCACCAUCAAGUUCAGAUUCUUUCCUAGACUAGGCACACGAAACCGUACAUCGACAGGGCGAGCGUCACCGGUCGGUUGGGAAAUAUAAAUUUAUUGCCCCAACCAUCCCACUUGUCGCACACGGUUACACAAUAGUACGAUGCUCCAAAUGGAGGGCCGGUGACGAUGGCAGAUUGAACACUGCACCGUACGAUGGCGAACUGCAGUGGAAUGGAGUUACGAUACGGUGCAGCAGCUGCAAACUUGCUCUUCCUUUUGCAAAAUACCGUCCACACAAAUGUGUGAUGGCGUGACUUUCCUGAUGUUCGUGAAAAAUGUCCAUCAAGAUUGUGCUCAAGCAAGAAAGGGAUGCCAUUCGGCUAGAAUCUACUACGCGCUAGAUGACGAUCGUGUAAAGGAAGCUGGCGAAAGGAGUCAAUUAGUUGCAACUUUCCUGCUCAAUCGUCAUCGGGCGGUCGAUAAAUUGAUCAUCUUUAACCGAAAUGAAAACACAACAGAGAACCUUUCACUUCAAUAGUGAGAAGUCGCUUUUUUGUGGAUGGACACUUUCAAUAAAAAGCCCAAACCAAAACCUAUGCAAUCAUGCACUUUUGGGUGCAAUGUUUCGCCAUCGGGCAGUCAAGACAAUGCUGUUGUUCCACCUUAAUCGAUUAUACCAUUUGUGGGGUAAUUUCAGUGAGUUACAAUAAUGUAAACCUGAUUACUGUGUACGGUGGUUGGGCGGGAAAGGGUGACACGGUUUUGGGAGGGAAUUAAAACUCGUCAAAUCUCAACGAAUAGUAGCAGACAGGUUCAGGGAGCAACCCCAUUAUUCAGUAGCCAGUAGCCGGAGCGUUUUAUUUGCAAGUAAACACGUCCAUAAGCGUCCAUAAGCAACCGGUUCGGGGUACCCGACUACCAAAUAUGUCCCCAUAAGUACCGCAAUAAAUUUCCCUCGCUUUCGAUCGGGUCACUCGGCGACAAAAAGGUGAAACCGAGGAAUGAAACGGGCACUCCAGUUUCCUGCCAGUGAGGAACGGUUGAUGAAGCACAUUCGUACCCUCGUACGAGGAGAGAUCCUCUGGUGAGGUCCUGCAAUUGGUGUACAACCGUUAAGGAAACUUGUCGCCGAGUGAUGAUGGUUGGCGGCGUGCCUCCACGAAGACAAAUUAACUUCGGAAGCAGGUUGGGCUUGGGGUUUGGCUCGAUUGAAUUCGCUUGUUGUCCUUUCGAGAGUUGAUGAUGGGAAGUCAAAGUUUGGAUAAUAGAGGAAAAGAGCAUUAAGUGAGAGAGAAAGAGAGAGAGAGAGAGAGUCUUCAAUGUUUGUACAUCGCUUUUGUCUGAAGUUUCUCGAAGGGUAGUGUGAAAGUAUUUCAUCAGAUAAAAUUUUACGUAACUUUUGCAGUGCUCUCCAAGAGCAUUCAUCACCAGAAUUCAUCCGUACCGUACCAGCUAGACAACGCUACAACAAAAACAUACAAAUUCGGCACCGAGUAUUAAGAAACGAUGCCUAUCUGUACGCUACCGACGGUGACAAUUUACGAGGACUUUGAUAAGCUUAGUGCCAAGGAAGUUUACUUCACGGAGUCGGGCGAUAAGGUCACAGUGAAGCUGUUGCACUUUCCCAACCUCAGCCCGGAAGAGCAGGACCAUCUGAAGAACAUGUCCGACAGUGGGGAUGAGCAUGACGUUGGCAAUGGGGGAUCCGCUGUUGCAGGAACGUCCAGCGAAACGGUACCGCGCAGCCGGAAGAAAUCCUUCACCCGGAAACUUUCGAACGAUGCCCGCAAAUUUUCGGCACUUACGAGCCGCAAAAAUUCGAAGGACGCCGAUCUGACCGCCCAGACUAGCGCACCAAAUCUUGCGCCGAGUCAACAUAUGGGUGGACAGCACCAUCACCAUCAUCAUCAUUAUCAUCAUCACCACCAUCAAUAUCAGCAGCAGCAGCAGCAACAGCAGCUACAGCAGAAAGCACAGCAUCAGAACAGUGGCCCGUACCAUCAACAUUAUCAGCAGUCGCUUCAGCUGCGACACCGAACGCAGAGUUCGUCCCAUUCGUCCCAGCACCACUAUCAGAAUCAGCUGCCAAUACUGCAGCAUCCGUUAGCUGAUGGUGGAUUUGGUGGCCGGUCCGAACAUGUGGGUGGCGGCGGUGGUUCGUUGCGUUACCGGACGGGUGCGAAUCGGUCACCCUCACCGCGCCAAUCCGCCAGUCUCUGUCCGGGGUACGAGCAGUACCAGAUGUCACUGUUGGAGGUACCGAUGCCACGUGAUUAUGGCGAUGCAUCGAGUGAUGAUCUGAGCUCCGAAUGGGACUCGGACGUACCGGACGUUCGGCAUGAAUCUGGCGCGAAGCCUUCUGGAUGGCGUAAGUUGCGUAACAUCGUACAAUGGACACCGUUCUUCCAGACGUACAAAAAGCAACGCUACCCUUGGGUGCAGUUAGCCGGACAUCAAGGAAACUUCAAGGCCGGACCAGACCAGGGAACGGUGCUGAAGAAGCUAUGUCCCAAAGAGGAGAAAUGUUUUAAGGUCCUGAUGAAGGAUGUCUUGAGACCUUACGUUCCCGAGUAUAAGGGUCAGGUGAACAGUGAAGAUGGAGAAUCAACAUAUAUACAGCUGCAGGAUUUACUCAGUGACUUCUAUCAACCGUGUGUUAUGGACUGUAAAAUAGGCGUCAGAACCUACCUGGAAGAGGAACUGUCGAAAGCCAAAGAGAAGCCGAAACUUCGAAAAGACAUGUAUGAGAAAAUGAUACAAAUUGAUCAAAAUGCCCCCUCCGAUGAGGAGCACCGUGCUAAGGGUGUCACAAAGCCACGCUACAUGGUGUGGAGGGAAACCAUCUCCAGUACGUCUACGCUCGGAUUUCGAAUAGAGGGUAUUAAAAAGAGUGACGGAACGAGCUCAAAGGAUUUCAAAACGACAAAAUCGCGCGAUCAAAUCUGUGAAGCUUUCCGUGAAUUCACCGACGGUUUCCCCCACGCAAUGCCUAAAUACAUUCAGCGGCUAAAAGCGAUCCGGGCGACGCUGGAGUAUUCCGAGUUUUUCAAAAGCCACGAAGUGAUAGGCAGCUCAUUGCUGUUCGUCCACGACCGGCACAAGGCCAGCGUUUGGCUGAUUGAUUUUGCCAAAACGGUCGCACUGCCGGAGAGUGUCGCUAUAACGCACGACAGCAAGUGGAAGGUGGGCAACCAUGAGGAUGGAUAUCUGAUCGGGAUCAACAAUCUUAUCGACAUCUUCAGCGAGGUGCAUGAUCGUCAAACAGUGCAAACGCUCACGGAGCGAAUACCACGGCUCUCGUUGCCGGACGACAGCAACGGUAUUGAUGAGGGUUUGCAGCAUCACGAUGGAUGUAAUCUGAAGGAAGAGAUCUCACCUACCACAUUGCCUGCCGUUUCUAGCCGGUGUGGUGAUAAAAUCAACUGCGUCAACAACAACAACAAUUACGACUGCAAACCAGAUGACCAGCAGCUGGUGGGUAGCAACACUUCGGACAGUACGGGUUUGCGUGACUAUGUUGAUUCGAAUUCGGGCUGAUACGGGCAGUUAGCAGCCGGGCGCAUGCUGCCAAACAAGGACUGAUACUCUCAGCAAAGUGUCUUAGCAAAUCUGUGAAACAGUUGAGAAUUAUUCCAGGCAAGGCAAUUUUAGCUGGCCAACUAGGAAACAUAUGGAGCGGACGAUGUAUCGUUGUCGAAUUACUGUCUAAGACGCGUUGCUUCAUGCGUUGGGCUCAUUCGAUAUGCAUGGUUUAACCCAGCGAGUGAGAAUCGGUUGUUUAAUUUAUAAAAAAAAAUACUACGAUCAAACACUCUGAGCAUUAGGAUAGAAUUUUAGCGUAAUUUACACCAGAUGAAGUUGGCACAUUUUAAUACAUAUCUAUUAUGAAAAUGAAACAGAAAGUA